GCGAUGUGCCGAAACAACACUGGCUCAGACGAUGCGUACAUUGCCGUGACGGAGGCGAUUGGGACGGCGGUUGUGUGCGUGAUGACUUCGGUCGACGUGAAAAACUUAAUCUCGGACGUCAAUACGAUAUCCAACGAGACUCGCGGCACAUUCUUCCCAAAGUACUGCCCACAGCUGAAGAGAGCUGGUUCAUGUCUAGACGAUCUGGUGAAGGCAUUCAGUCCCUGCCUGCAUAAAUAUUUUUUAACCAACGUACUGACAUUAACGGGCAUGUACCCGGAUGCGGUUGAUCUGGUUUGCAAAACCGAUGGCGAAAUAAUGUUCAUGCUGGCCGAGCCAAAAACUAAGGAAUGCAUCUCCAAACUGUGCGUGAAGGGGUGUACGGUACCGUUUCAUCUGGGGUGUGACAACUGGGACAUUUCAAACCUGACAGAAACUCAAAUGGGGUAGGUCGGACGAUCGAAGAUUGAAAUUUAUAUAGGUUUCGUUCCGAAGUUAUAUUUCCAUUUUUCCUCACCAGAGCUUUCUCCAAAUUGGGACAGUGCAUCGAGAAUAGGCUAAACUAUUGCGACGCCCCGGACCUAAUCUGCGUGUACGGUCUGUUCCACAGCAGGUUGUUCCGCUUGGCUGCCGUCGACGAUGUACAUCCAUUUCUCAGCAAUAACUUUGUUGCCAUCGUACAGCUCAUGUCGACGGUGGUGGAGCAUGAAACCAACACAGUCUAGAAGAAUUAGUACCAGCGUGUAACGUUUCGGUUGCUGUUCAUAACAAGUCCAGGAAUUGUUUGAAAUCUUAAUGGAAAUUUAGAUCGAAUAAAUGA